AUGUCAACUAAACUUACUCCGAAGCACAGGAGAGCUCUAGAAAUAUUACUAGAGCUAGGGAUAAAAGAACUUCUGCAGGAGAGAUCCAGAAGAGCAUUUAAUAGAACUUUAUUAAAAAAAACUUUACAAACUUAUAUCUAUCGAACCUCUCUAGAAUUCCCUGACAAUAAGAAUGACGUCUCAUCUAUUAAAAAAGGAUCAGCUGGAACUGACAGAUAUAACUAUGAUAAUGAAAGAGGAAAAAAUGAUGGAAGUGUGUCUAAGCUUCAUUCCAGUAAGGAUCCAAGAACUGAGGAACUUUGCUCAUCAUUUGCUUUCACCAGAAAUACCACCAUUAGAAUCACAUCUAAAACCGUGAACAUAGUGCUGAACUUUCUAAACAAAUAUAUCGGGGAAAUGGUGGAAGUGAAGAUCAGAAAUUAUGAAGAAGGUCAAGAAAGACUAAACCCUUCAGCACGCUAUGAUAUAAUGAAUGCUUGGCAUUGUUGUGAGAUUCUCUUCUCACGACCCCUUUCUACAAACAUCAGAUUUCCACUCCAAUUAUUAACUCACUCUCAUAUGGAUUAUAUUCCACAAAAUUUUUUCAAGAUUGAAUUAAACUUAAAGCAUAAUUCUGGAGUUCGUCUCACUCAAUUCAAAAAGAUGUAUACGUUACUUAUUGCGUUACGACAUGCAUGUGAUAAGAAUCAG